AUGAGUGUACUCAAAGAAAAUGUUAAACAUCUGAAGCCUUCUGAAAAAUUUUGCUCAAUAUUGUCUGAUGAAGUAUGCUUAUCAAGUGGAUUGUCAUAUGAUUCAGUUACAGACCCGAUUGAUGGUUUUGUUGACACUGGAUAUUCUAAAAGUCAAAAUAUUGCUGACCAUGCACUGGUUUUUAUGGUCCGCGGAAUAAAAAAGAAAUUCAAACAACCUAUAGCCUAUUCUUUUUGCAAAGGAGCAACCACACAACAUGAAUUGAUUCGGCAAUUAAAACAAGUCAUACGCUGUGUUCACCAAUGUGGCUUGAAAGUUGUGGCAACUAUAAGUGACCAAGGGAGUGCAAAUUGUGGUGCUAUUAAAAUUUUAAAUCAAGAAACAAGAUCAUAUUACAUUAAAAAUGAAUUACCAUACAAUGACGAAUUUUAUGAAAUUGAAUUGGAGAAUAAUGAAAGAUUGAAACUAGUCCACAUUUAUGACGUUCCCCAUUUGAUAAAAUGUAUCAGGAACAAUUUGAUUACAAAGGAUUUAGUUUUCACCAUUAAUAACGAUGUAAAAUGUGCAAAAUUGUCACAUUUGGUUGAUUUAUAUAAUGUAGAUAAUGCUAUUCCUGACUGCAAAAUGUUGCCACGUCUUACUGACCAGCAUAUCAUACCAGAGAAAAUUAUGAAAAUGAAGGUUAAGAAUGCCACACAAGUUUUUUCCCAAAGAGUGUCUUCAACAAUGAACUUUUUAGCAUCUCGUAAUAUAAUCAGUUCAGAUGCUCAACACACUGCAUCUCUUUGUUUGUUUUUUGAUAAUCUUUUUGAUUCAUUAAAUGGCAACUUUGAUAAGGUUGUAGAUGGGAAAAUUUAUAGAACAUCGGUAAAAAAAAAUUCACCCCAUCAUCAACUCUGGGCAGACAGUCUGAAAGUUCUUAAUACUAUGAGAUUUGUAGGGAGAAAUGGAAAAAAUGUGUCUGUUCCAACAAUACGCAGUUGGAUGACUACAAUAAGAGCGUUUCAGACUUUGUACAAAGUGUUGGGUUCAGUGGGGAUCAAAUCAUUACUGCCACGUAACCUCAACCAAGAUUCGCUUGAAUGUUUUUUUGGAGCAAUUAGGAAUGUUGGAUCAGCAAAUCCUAAUUGCAAUGCGUUCACUUCCGCCUACAAAACAUUAGUUCUCAAUAAUUUGGUAUCUUCGCAUUCACCAGGGUCAAAUUGUGAGGAAGAUUUUGCAGAAGGACGCUUGGCUCAGUUCAAAAAUUUAUUUAUGUUUUCAAAAACACCUAGUACACCCAGUGAUAAAAUCAUAGCUGCUGACCUUCCAUUAACAAUUCACCAACUACCCAAUCCUACAUCUUAUCUUCGGGACCAAACACACUCAUACAUUGCUGGAUUCAUUAUAAAAAAAUUGAAUUAA